AUGCCACCGACGGCGUGGACGCGCGAGCUCACGUUUGCGCUCAAUGGCACUAAAGUUGUGCUGCAGGAAGGUAGCGUCGGCCAGCUGCGGCUCGUCGACUACAUCCGGAACGUCGCGCGGCUCACAGGCACCAAAGUCGCGUGCGGCGAGGGCGGCUGCGGCGCGUGCACCGUCGUGCUUCGUCAUCAAAGCGUGACAUCGUCGCAGCUCGUGACGCGCGCCGUCAACGCGUGCUUGAUGCCGCUCGCUGCCGUCGACGGCAUGGAAGUGCUCACGGUUGAGGGCGUCGGCAGCACCAAGACAGGCCUCCACCAAGUGCAAAAGACGCUCGUUGAAAAGUCGGGCAUGCAAUGCGGGUACUGCACGCCGGGCUGGGUCAUGAACAUGGUCGAGCUGCUCCAAACCAACGAAUCGCCGACGCAGGCUGCGAUUGAAGACCACUUUGACGGCAACCUCUGCCGCUGCACGGGGUACCGGCCGAUUCUCGCGACCAUGCACUCGUUUGGUUCCAAGAGCCUAGCGUACGAAGACGAGAACGACGAUGCAUACAGCGGUGAAGACGACUACGAGUUUCUCGAUCCUGCUUGCGAUCGUUCCGAGUCGACGCGUGCGGCAAAGGGAUGCAACACGUCCUGCGCCGACUGCCCGCACAAGGCCAACAGCAAUGGAGUACUCGACAUGGAGGACUUGCGACCCGAUGUGACGUUUGACCGGGCGUCGCAGGCGCCGCCGCCACCGUUCAUUGCCGACUACACGCCCGUGCCGCUGUGCUUUGCCGACGGAGACCGCACGUGGUACCGUGUGCUGACACUCGAGCAACUAGCGGAGGUGCACACGCUGCAUCCCAAGCAAGACGUCAUGCUCGUGGGCGGCCUCACGUCACGGGGCGUGGCCAAGUACUUGAACAGCAGCGCGCCGUACCGACACGUCGAGUUUUCGCCUGUCCUUGUCGACAUUACGCACGUUCCAGCCUUGAAAACUAUGAGCGUGCUCGAGAAUAGCGUCGUCGUCGGCGCCGCCGUAACACUCAACGAGCUGCUGCUGAAGCUCUCGAUCGUCGACUCGGACCCGCUGCACGUGCUCGCCAUGCACAUUCGCCGCAUCGCCAACAACCAAGUGCGCAACGCGGCCACGUGGGCCGGCAACCUCGCACUCGCGCGGACGUACCCGUCGUUUCCGUCCGAUUUGGUCGUGGGCCUUGCAGGGAUUGGUGCCACCCUCGACGCGCAGGUCAACGGCGCCAUCCAGACGCUCUCGGUGCUCGAGUACCUCGCCCUCCCAAAGCAAGAUACCAUUGUUUUGGUCGCGAUGACGCUGCCAAUUUUGGCGCACCCCGUGACGUUUCUCUGCCACAAGGUCGCCCAGCGCGCAGUCAACGCGCACUCGCACGUCAACGGCGCCGUGCUGCUCGUGACCAACGGGGAUCAUGUCGUCCAGCGUGCGACCGUCGUCUUUGGCACCGCCGUGGGUCGCGUCGUGCAGUGCACCGAGACCCAAGCCUUUGUGCGAGACAAGGUGCUCUCGGAAGACCACUUGCACGCGUCGUUGUCGAUCCUUUUGAAAGACACGGCCGCGCACCGCGACUCGUUCGAAGCGUCGGUGUUGCAAGCGUUUUGGUACAAGUCGUGGCUCCACGCACUGCCGACGCUCUCGUCCAAGACGUUAGCGUCGGCCGUGCCCGAGAUGCCCCGGGCCGUCUCGUCGGGCACCCAGUCGUUUCCAGUGCACAAAUCGACGGCGCCGGUGGGUGAGCCGAUUCCAAAGCUUGCGUCCAAGCUCUUGGCGACGGGGGAAGCGCGCUUUGUCGCGGAUUUGGCGCCGCCGCCAGGCAUGCUCUACGGCGCCUACGUGUACGCGACCAAGGCCCUUCAGCGCGUGGUGCAUAUCGACGCAGGGCCGGCGCUGGCCAUUCCCGGUGUUGUCGACGUCGUGACGGCCGACGACGUGCCGGGCGAGAACGCGACGGGCGACGGCAACGAACCUCUCUUCGUGCCGACGCGGGGACCGGCGCUGUACGUCGGCGCGCCUCUCGGCCUCGUCGUCGCCACAUCAGCAUCGAUUGCGCAACAUGCGGCGGCGUGCGUGCGCGUGACGUAUGCGCCACUGGUCAACGAUCCCUUUUGGAAAGUGGACGCGCCGGUGAUCACGGUGGCGCAGGCGCGGGCGGCGCAAACGCUCGUGCGACCGACGCCCGCGACGCCCAACCCGAUCCAAAUGAGUGGCAGCGACGACAAUAUUGCGCAAAAGUUGGAGCGCGCCCCACACAUACUCUCUGGAUCCGUCGACAUGGGCUCGCAGCGCCACAUGUACAUGGAGCCCCAAGCAACAUCGGCGCAUCCGGGCGAAGACGACGCAAUGGUGCUGCACGCGUCGUGUCAAAAUCCUUCCUUCGUGCAGAAGCGCGUCGCGUUACUGCUGAACGUGCCCCAGCACGCGGUUACGAUUGAAAUGAAGCGCGCAGGCGGCGGCUUUGGCGGCAAACUCAGUCGCAACAUCCUCAAUGCGGGCGCGGCCGCUGUCGCAGCCUCCAAGCUGGGCGUGCCCGUCCAAGUCGUCAACGACCGCAACACGGACUUUCAGAUGAUUGCCGGUCGCGAGGCCAUGGUGGGCGAGUACACGGUCGGGUUCGAUGACGCGGGACGCAUCACCGCGCUCGACGUGCAGCUGCACUGUGCGCUCGGCGGCUACGCAGGCGACAACAUGGGCGACAUCACGAUGGCCGUCAUGUGGGCAGAUGGCGCCUACUUCAUUCCCCACAUGCGGUGCGAGGCCUAUCUCUACAUGACGAAUACGCCAACGUGCACGUCGGUGCGGGCGCCCGGCGUGCCCAACACGACGCUGCUGCUUGAGAUCGUCGUGCACCACAUCGCGGCGACGCUCCAGAAACCUGUGGGCUGGAUCCAAGCCCGCAACAUGCUGCACGAUGGCCUCACGACACCGUACGGCCAAGUGCUCUCGAACGUGACGCUGCCACGUAUUUGGGACCGGCUCCGGGACAGCGCCGACGUGCUCCGGCGCAAGGAAAAGGUCGCGUACUUCAACGCCAACAAUCGCUGGAAGAAGAAGGGUCUCUCAAUGACGCCGGUCAAGUACGGCAUGGGCAUCUCGGGCCUCAAGUACGGCGCGAGUGUCUCGAUCUUUAGCGGCGAUGGCACUGUGCUCGUCACCCACGGCGGCUGCGAAAUCGGACAAGGUAUUGAUACCAAGGCUGCACAAAUGGCGGCCUACGCCCUUGGCCUUCCGCUCCACAUGGUGCGCGUGCGGGCCACGAGCACGGACCUCGUGCCCAACAGCGACGCGACCGGCGGCUCGAGCACGUCCGAGUCGAUCGCGCGCUCCGUGCGUGCGGCCUGCAAGACGCUCAACGCCCGUCUCGCACCAAUUCGCGCGGCGCAUCCCGACGUCCAGGACUGGGCGGCACUCGUGGCCCUCGCCCAUGACGAGGGCGUUCACCUCGCAGCGUCCGCGCAGCCGCGCACGACCAGCAACGAGACGUUCGACUACUUUGUGUACGCAGCCGCGGCGUCCGAGGUGGAAGUCGACGUUCUCACGGGCGAAGUGUCGCUCGUGCGCACGGAUAUCAUGUACGACUGCGGCGUGUCGUUGAAUCCUGCGAUCGACAUUGGCCAGAUCGAAGGCGCGUUGGUGAUGGCGCUCGGCUUCUUCUUCCAGGAAGAAGUGCUCUACGACCCACACGGCGUCCUGCUCUCGUCGGGCACGUGGGAGUACAAGAUCCCGUCGACCAAAGAUAUCCCGCAGCAGCUCCACGUGACGCUUCUCGACAAGUCGGAGAACGAACAAGGCAUCAUGAGCUCGAAAGCGGUCGGCGAGCCGCCGUUCCAGCUCGCCAACUCGAUCUACUUUGCGAUCAAAGACGCAAUCGCGCACAGCCGUGACGAGCGCGGUCUCCACGAGUUCUUCCAGCUCGACUUGCCAGCGACGGUCAAGCGCCGACAGCAAGCGGCCAACGUGACCCCCGCCACCGACUAUCGCGUCUAGGCCGCUUGACGUUCCAGUCUAGGGGCAU